AUGCCCACUAAUCAGUUAGAAUUAACCCCACAGGGCAGUGGCAAUUCUACAUCUUCCAAUUCCUCAUUAUUUGGUAAAAGGAACUUGAAGGGUUUUAGAAAACUUUUUGGUACUCAUAAUAAAAAGAAUAACUCGAGUUCCGAUUCCUAUUCAAGUUCAAAUCACAAAUUUCAUUCUCAUGCAGAUCCGAAUUUGCAUAAUAACCAUAAUUCAACCCCAUUGAAUCAAGGUGCAGGCCACCCCAGUUCUAAAAGAGGUUCUGAAAUUGAUCAUCAUGCGGCUGGUAGAGAAUUGUUAAGUCAUUUGUUAUCGCCAAAAGCAUCUAACUCAUCAAAUUCUUCUUUUGGUAGAUCAUCGAACAUGACUCCUUCUCCGCAGCAACAUGAUACAGAUGGAAUGAAUAGUAGUUGCAGCCGUCAUGGCACGGAAUCAUCGACACAUGAGCAUACCCCUUUGACAACAGCAAACCCAUUGUCACAUCAUUUUCAUAAUCCACUAAACUAUUGCACAACUUUGAGUCCUACAUCUUCAUCGGAGUAUUCUCAUAUGCAUCCAGUUGAGAUUCUUCAGAAACAGAUUGAAGACCAACAGUUUUUCUAUAACUCACGGACAAAUAGCAAUUCAAUUUUACCACGGUUGACUUCAGACAGAGGCUCAUCUCCAUUGAAGGACUCAACAAAAAGGCCAUCUUUAAAACUCAAGAGGUUCUUCAAAAAAAUUAAUCAGGACGAUUCACAUCAUAUCUCAAAAUCUAAAUCUAAGGAACAACAAGCACGUCCACCACUUCAUGAGUCGCCUUCAUCACAUGGCAUAUUUGUAACGACAGAUGAAAGUAAAAUGACUCGUAAAACUAUUUAUGAAGCUGAUAAUGCUAGAGAAUUGAUUGAAAAAUAUGGUGUCCCAGGGAGAAAACUAGGUGAAGGUGCAUCUGGCUCAGUUUCUGUUGUGGAGAGAUCUGAUGGUAAACUAUUCGCUGUUAAAAUGUUCCGAUGGAGAUCAAAUAAUGCAAAACAAACAUUAGCAGCGUAUUCAAAGAAGGUUACUGCAGAAUUUUGUAUAGGGUCUACACUACAUCAUCAAAACAUCAUUGAGACUCUUGGUAUGUUACAAGAAGGUGAAAACUUUCUAGUUGUUAUGGAAUAUGUAGCCUAUGAUUUUUUUACAUUGGUAAUGAGCGAUCUCAUGAGUAAAAAUGAAGUAUUUUGUUAUUUUAAACAAAUUUGCAGUGGUGUACAAUAUCUUCAUUCAAUGGGGUUAGCACAUCGUGAUAUAAAACUGGAUAAUUGUGUGGUAAAUGACUUAGGAAUUUUAAAGUUGAUCGAUUUUGGAAGUGCUGUUGUUUUCCAAUAUCCAUACGAACCUGAUAUUGUCCUUGCUCGUGGUAUUGUAGGAUCAGAUCCCUACUUGGCACCAGAAUUGUUACUUCAACGCUCAUAUGACCCACGACCAGUCGAUGUUUGGUCAAUUGCUAUCACAUUUUAUUGUAUGAUGUUAAGAAGAUUCCCAUGGAAAGCUCCUCGUCAAAGUAAUACUUCUUUUAAAUUAUUUUGUUCACAACCGGACUCAAAAACUGAUACAAGUAAAGGUCCUACGAAGAUAUUGAAAUUGCUGCCUAGAUCGUCAAGGUUACUCAUUAGUCAAAUGAUGAAGCUCGAUCCGAAAGACCGUAUAUUAAUGGAUGACGUUAUGAAGGAUGAGUGGUUACAAUCAAUUAAUUCUUGCGAACAGGAUAAAAAGGGGCAACUAGUGAAAGCACCAACAGAUCAUGCUCAUCAUUUGAUUACCGAAGAAGAACUGAAUGAAUUGAAUGAAAGGCGUAAACUAGAAGUGAAGAAAGCUAGAGAAGAGGAGCAACAUGCCAUAAAUGCAGAGGAUUUAGGUGAUCAUCAUCCUCAUCACCGCCAUCACAACCAUCACCGUCGCCACCACCAUCAUCAUCAUAGCGAUAAUAAUAAAGGUGGACAUAACGAUGAAGAAAACAACGUGACAACAGAAAGCUCAAAGGUCUAUAAAGAUACAGAUAAAGAAGAAACUCCUCCGGAAUCAAAUGAAAAGAAGGGGUUAGAUGCAGGAUCUCUUAUUAACUAA